AAAAAACAUGGACAAGUUUAGAGAUAUCGACCUGCUUCUGAUUGGAAAAACUGGCAAUGGCAAGAGUGCAACUGGAAACUCCAUUCUAGGUAGAAAAGUGUUCGAAUCACGUUGUAGCACUACGUCAGUCACUACAACAAUGGCCCGUGAAAUGAUCGAAUUUGAAAGCCGUAUCAUUAAGGUGGUAGACUCACCUGGUGUGGCGGACCAACAGACUGACCUUAACGCCUGUACAGAUAUGAUCGAGAAGGCACUUGCCACAAAUCCUGCUGGCUAUGACGCCAUUAUCCUAGUGGUGAAAUAUGGACAAAGGUUUACCCAAGAGGAUGUGCAUGCCAUCAAAAUUCUAAAAAGCAUAUUUGGUGGAGAUUUUAUUUCAAAAUAUUGUGUCCUUAUCUUUACCUGUGGGGACAAUUUUGAUAAUGAAACCCAAAACGCUGACAGAUUCGUCAUGGACUGGUGUCUCAAUCAGCAAGGGCCAUUAAAGACAUUGUUGAACGAGUGCAGUUUCAGAGCCGUCCUGUUUCAGAAUUUGACAGAAGACACAAACAUCCGGCAGAAGCAGUUGCGUGAACUGAUCAAGCAGAUUGAUGCCUUGCAAUGGAAACAAAGAUAUACCCAUGAAACUUUCGCCGGGGCACGACAAGAAAGAGACAAAAUGCUUUUAGAAUUUAAAAGUCCACUAAUUAGAGAAAAUAUGCUGCAUGAGCUAAGUCUUAUCUUACAGGAUCUGCAGCAAGGUUUGUGUCUGGACGAAGAAGCUGAAAGGCUCAGAUUUCUGGAGGCACUUCUGUUUCGAACCAACAAACUCAGCGAAGACAUACACGAGAGACGCGGCUUUCCAAGUAGUCGCCAAGACAUGCUCAAAGUUGUCAAACCACUUAACAAGAUCAUAUUGCUCGCCAGGAGAAACGCACUUGAAAGAAAAGAAAAUUUGUCAUUGGAUAAACAAAGUUUUCUUCAAAUGGAGCACGCCGAUGAAAUAAAAAAAGCAAAUGAUGUUGGGGAAGAGCUAGGUGAACGAAAAAGGAAAACUAAAGACGAGGAGAAGACAAACCGAAACAAAGAGGAAGAGUUAUUCGGCAAGCUUGGGGCAACGGAGAAAAAACGGAUCAAGAACAUGGGAAAGCUUCAGAAAUUAUACAGAUUGGUUAAGGAUAAAAUCGAUGGGAAAAUUGUGACAAAGGUUACAAGCAAAGGAACCUGGUCUUUUAAAGAGAUUUCUGGUUUGUUCCAAAAGUAAGAAGAAAUUUCUGAAAAAGAUGGUUCGUUUCUUUGGUAUUUAAUUAAUGUCUUACAUAUGCUUAAAAAGCUGGGAUAAAUUUAUGAAUUUUUUUAGCUUUAGUCACAAAAAUUGAAUUAUGACCCUCAGAGACUAUAAAAUUAGCUUCAUGGCUUGUGUAGCUGUUUUGAAAGUUUAAAAUAGUAGUUUUUUUGUUGUUUUUUGUUUUGUUUUUUUUAAAGUUCUCCCCUUACAAAAACUAAUACUUCUGUUUCAAAAUGAGCAGUAGGAGCAUUCAUGGAUAAUGUGAAUCUCUGAGCGGUGUGUAUUUUUAAAAGCAAUGUAUUUUAAUGACAAUUCAAAGUCAUUUACGUCACCUCCGAACCGAAUCAUUGAACGCUACCACAUAACGUGU